AUGUGGACAGCCAAUAUUUGAAAAGGCUUGUCCGCUGCUACUACUUCAACACGCCCGCACUUCUUCUCUGACCUCUAAAUUACCCAAAUUUUCAACUUCGAAGACUUAAUUAGAGACUGUUUGCAUCUCUUUAUUCUUUAUUGAAUCGAUCGAUUGAUCUUUCUGCAGAGAAAAAAAGGAAUGGCAACUUUUGGAGGGACAACACAGAAGUGUAAGGCCUGUGAGAAAACUGUCUACUUGGUGGAUCAACUUAAGGCUGACAGCAGGGUAUAUCACAAGGCUUGUUUCAGAUGUAAUCAUUGCAAGGGUACUCUUAAGCUAGGUAACUACAAUUCCUAUGAAGGAGUUUUAUACUGCAGACCUCACUUUGAUCAACUAUUCAAAAUGACUGGAAGCCUGAACAAGAGUUUUGAAGGGGGUCCAAGAACAGUCAAGGAAAGAUCUCUUGAUAAGGCACAAGCAACCAACAAAGUUUCAGCUUUGUUUGGUGGAACACAAGACAAAUGUGUUGCGUGCAAGAAAACUGUCUACCCCCUGGAAAAGGUGGCUGUUGAUGGCACUUCAUACCACAGGCCUUGUUUCAAAUGUAGCCAUGGGGGUUGUGUAAUCAGUCCAUCGAAUUAUGUGGCCCAUGAUCACAAACUCUACUGCAGGCACCAUCAUACUCAACUCUUCAAGCAGCGAGGUAACUUCAGCCACAUGGAAGAUCAUGAGAAGAUUAAAGGGGUGACUGAAAAUGGAAAAGCAUGAGGUCCUUCCAUAAAAGCUUUCAUUUUCGUGAGAUUUUGCUAUACAACAACAUCGAGACUCAGCUUUCUGGCCUGAAUCAGGUGCAGAGGUCAAACAUAUAUAUAUACAAGAGGGGUUAUUUACAAUGCCUAUAUGUGAUAUUUUCAUGAGAGAGUCAACAAAGUUUUACUUCAUUUUUCUUUUUAUCUUGGUGUGUGUUUUACUUGAUAAAUCAAAUAGUUUUGCCUAAAGUUUGUAUAAUGUGAUUUCUCUUGUGGUUGUCUGGAAAUUGGAGUGGCUUUUUAUCAGGGAAAGGUCUACUUUCCUUGGCUCAUAAACUAAGAAAAUUCAAUUUUUUCAGUUUCCUUUA